AUGACGCUCGCUACCUCUCAGGAAAGAUCCUCAAGGACACUUCUGCUUGGCGCUGGCCCACGUCCAACUCUCCGUCGUAAAUCUCAGUCAUACACCUCGAGCUCCUGGUCUAGCUCAGGAUCCGACAAUAGCAUCACCUCACAGGUGGACCGCUCUGACGAGUACGAUGCCGACCCCGAAGAUCCUUCCUCCGAUGAAGACGGGACGGGCCGCUCAGUUGGAGAUCGUUACAGAGAGGCAAUGGCCUCGCUCGCAGCAGGUCGACUGCAAUAUCUGGCUAUACCAAACAAUCCCUCUUCGUCAACUGGCGAUCAGUCCCUCUUUGAACCCAGUGGGAAGGCAAGCAGACAGCUUCCAGUCCCUCAGCCAUUCCCUUUACCAAAAUUGGGCUCUUUGCGCCCCUGUGGCUUGACAGAGGUGCCAGAGACGAUCGAAGAGGAGAGCGAAGGAGAUGUCUCACCCAAGGGAGAUGUUCCUUUCAGCUCACAGCAAGCAAAUGGGUCUGCGGGUGAGCAAAUGGGUCUGCGGGUGCUGCUCCGCGCAGCUCCCGUGAGGACUUGGACAGCUCGAGCAGCCGACCGAACCUGGUCUCAGCUGAACAACUCUGGAUCGAGGUACGAAACCUCGUGGGAACAACUCGCAGCGCCGUCCAUCACAUCUCAAAAGGCACCUACAGUACGCAAGCGUUUUCAGCUGCGAAUUCGUCGCAUGUCUACCUCGGCGCCCACUCCGGCGAGCCACUCUGCCUCUGCGGGGUCGCUCGUGGUGGCAGAGCGCACCUCACGAAGGGGCUUCUUCGGUCGCAAGCGGCGGGUGUCGCUGUCUCGACCUUUGGAGGAUGUCAGCCCUCGUCCAUUCAGUGUUGAUCGACCUCCGUCCGCGCUUGGCCUUUUCACUCCUCCGCUAGAAGGGCCGGACGAUGGCUCUCUAGACAGUGCUUUCCCAGUCCUUCUCGACGUCUCAGAUCUUCCCAUCGACGAUGUGGCCUCCUCCUCACAGAGGAUCGACGAAGUUCGCGAGCGGAAGCCAGAGAUCGUUGUAGCUGGGACGGUCCCCCUGACGCAGUCAAUGUCUCACACAAGCGAAGAUACCGUGUCGCCUCAACCAUUCGCACGGGCCUCGGUCAGCUUUGAAGCAAUGGCAGUCGACAGAUCUUCUGCUGCUCCUACUGCAGAGACGGGGCAAGGCAGGUCUUCCCUCGGUGGGGAUGCUGCACCUCGCCCCGAGAGCAGCUUACGAACUUCGGAACAUCCGUCUAGCUCCUCUUUACGAUCGUCUGCUUUGUCUGCCACUGCAUCGGAAAAGACAAUCACGCCGCUUGAUCCGUCAGUCGAAGUCAAUUCUCGAGCCAGUGCAGGGGAAAAGAGACACUCAAGCGCUCCUCGAGUCCACUUCCUUGCUGUUCAUGCGGUAGCGGGAAAACUUGCUCCCUCUGAACACCGUCGACCACCAGCAAAGGCUCGCCUGCUCUUGGGAAUUGAUCAAUCGGAUGGUAGCACAGACACGCCGAUGCAGCCGAAUGUUGCGGCUGAGUCAGACUGGAGCGACGAGGAUGUUGAUGAUGUGGAUGUAGCUGAUCAAAAGGGCGAGGAGAGGCGGAGCUUGAGGAGGCAGGCUCACAGACAGCGGUCGAUGGAGCUUCUUACUGGUGCCCAGCGGGACUCGACUUCGACAGCAGGUGUGGGUGCUGUGGAGCAAUUGGGGCAGCACCAUGGCCUGCACGCUAUUCCAUCUUGGUCUGCGUAUGAGGGUGAGACAAGCAUUGGGUGGAGUGGAUGGCGUAUGUGCCGGGUCAGGGGCUGCAGCGGGAGCAGAGGGGCGCGUGCCUGGCCAGCUCAGCACUCGACUGCCGUCGUUGCGGCAUUUGGUACCUGA